AAUAAGAAACGUGCGCGGACCCUAUAUAAGCAGUAACCGGCAGAUGCAGAAGAUCAGUGUUCAGUGAACAUAACAUUUUCAAAGACGAAUAUUCAGCAAUCUCAAGAAUCAUGAAAUCUUACACAGCGAUAUUGGCUUUGUGCCUUGUCGUCCUCGUGAUGACUCAACAAGCAACUUCCGAACCAGAACCUGCACCAGCCAAGGGCCACAAUGGUGGAUAUGGUGGUGGAUAUGGUGGUGGACACGGUGGCGGACACGGUGGCGGAUAUAAUGGUGGACACGGUGGUGGUGGACACAAUGGUGGAUAUGGUGGACAUGGUGGACACAAUGGUGGUGGACACAACGGUGGAUACGGUGGACAUGGUGGACACGGACAUGGUGGUGGUGGACACGGACAUGGCGGUGGUGGAUACGGACAUGGAGGUGGUGGACACGGAGGACAUGGUUACGGACAUCAUUAGAACAAUUUAUAAUUCUAGCCCAUACAGUACAAUAAUAUUAAAAAAGUUAAAAUUUUUUUUCAUACCAUGUUUAAUCCAAAACCUGAAUAAACGAUAAUUUAUCAUGGGAUUUUCACCCAUUUCAAACAA